AUGUCCAACAUCAGAGACAGCCCAAAUCUCAUCCGCAACGAGUACGGCCGCGGCAGAUGGGAAAAUGUAAUCGACUACAUCAAUGAAAUGCAGGAUAAAACAAUCUACAUUCCUCCGGGGCCUGCCAAUAUCCACAGCUCGAAGGACUACGACCUCCGGAUCGACCUGCAGGGCGUAUUCCCAGACCACUCGCGGCCUAAUGUGACGUGGUUCAAUAUCCAAGUGCAGGAAAAUAGAGCUCGGGGUGGUGCCAACACAACCGUCUUCACGACAUACAUCCACAAAGAAGGAUACGAGAACUGGAGCUCGCACCACCUGAACAGCUCGACAAUCCUCAAAGCCAUGAAGCAGCAGGCUCUGCACCAGCAGCCGGAAUGCUGUGUUUUCAUGACACGCAACGGGAACUCGAUCUCUUCUGCGCGGAUUCCGCGGUCCCCGGAUGGGAUUCGGUAUACGAUUUGGACGCCGUAG